UUCUUGGUUUUUCCCUCCCAUGUUGCACAACCCAGAAAGUCCUAUGAGUUUGAAGACCUACUUCAGUCUUCUUCUGAGAAUAAUAGGGUGGACUGGUAUGCACAGACUAAGCUGAGCCUCACACGCACUUUAUCUGAGGAGAACGUCUAUGAAGACAUUCUAGAUCUGCCAAUGAAGGAGAACCCUUAUGAAGACAUCGAGUUGCAUGGCCGCUGCCUAGGCAAGAAGUGUGUCUUGACCUUUCCUGGGUCUCCCAACUCUUCCAUCCCUGACACUGCCACUAAGCAGUCAUUGUCCAAACCUACUUUUUUCCGGCAAAAUUCAGAGAGGAGGAACUUCAAACUUCUGGACACUAGGAAGCUGAGUCGGGAUGGAACUGGGUCCCCUUCCAAAACCAGUCCCCCCUCCACACCCAGCAGCCCCGACGACACAUUCUUUAACCUUGGAGACCCACAGAAUGGCAAGAAGAAGAAAAAGAUCCCCAAGCUGGUGUUGCGAAUCAAUGCCAUUUAUGAGGCCCGCAGAGGAAAGAAACGGGUGAAGAGGUUGUCCCAGUCCACCGAGAGCAACUCAGGAAAAGUGACAGACGAGAACAGUGAGUCUGACAGUGACACCGAGGAGAAGCUGAAAGCUCACAGCCAGCGCCUGGACAACGUGAAGUCCCGGGUGAGGCAGGCCCCCCGGUACUCAUCCCUGGACCGGGAGCUCAUUGAGUACCAGGAGAGGCAGCUCUUCGAGUACUUUGUGGUCGUGUCGCUGCACAAGAAGCAGGCGGGGGCCGCCUACGUGCCUGAACUCACCCAGCAGUUCCCUCUGAAGUUGGAAAGGUCUUUCAAGUUCAUGAGGGAGGCUGAGGACCAGCUGAAGGCCAUCCCCCAGUUCUGUUUCCCCGAUGCCAAGGACUGGACUCCUGUGCAGCAGUUUACCAGUGAAACAUUCUCAUUUGUCCUAACUGGAGAAGAUGGGAGCCGAAGGUUUGGGUAUUGCCGAAGACUUCUGCCUGGGGGCAAAGGGAAGCGGCUCCCUGAAGUUUACUGCAUCGUGAGCCGCCUCGGAUGCUUCAGCCUCUUCUCAAAGAUCUUGGAUGAGGUGGAAAAAAGACGAGGCAUCUCUCCUGCCCUGGUACAGCCUCUCAUGAGGAGUGUCAUGGAAGCCCCUUUCCCAGCCCUAGGCAAAACCAUUGUGGUCAAAAACUUCUUGCCAGGCUCGGGGACUGAGGUGAUUGAGCUGUGCCGCCCGCUGGACUCCCGGCUCGAACACGUGGACUUUGAGUCUCUCUUCUCCUCCCUCAGCAUCCGCCACCUGGUCUGUGUCUUUGCCUCCCUGCUUCUGGAAAGAAGGGUCAUCUUCAUUGCAGACAAACUCAGGUACUACCCUUGGCUACUUCUGCUAAAGUGUGUGAGUGACAGUUGGUCUUGGACUCUGAAGUGUGUACAGCAGGCAACUGGCCAGGAUUAGGCUAGGUUCCCAAGAGAUGAUGGCAGCCCACCAAGUCGGGAGAUGUUUUAGAGGCUGUGAGUUCUGAAGGUGGAUGGAGGGCACUUGUCCCAGGGAAGGUGAAUCCUGAAUGAGCACUUAGACUCAGAAUCAGUAGGAAGCAUACCGCAGGCAAAAGGAGGCUGUGUCUGUGCAAAGACUAGGGAUUGGGGAAAGCCAUGCGUGUCACCUUCACUGUGGCUGAAGUGGAGGAAUUGGGGCCAGAAGAGAAGGGCAGG